GAGGAGGCGGCCGCCGCCUGGCCCGAGGUUUGCUCCUCGUCGUCGUCAGUGCGCGUCGAGGAAGGAGGGGCUGAGAGCCGCCAGCGCGUUGCUGCCUCACGAUGCCUUCAAUUAAACUGCAGAGUUCUGAUGGAGAAAUAUUUGAGGUUGAUGUUGAAAUUGCAAAGCAGUCUGUAACAAUCAAGACUAUGUUGGAAGAUUUAGGAAUGGAUGAUGAAGGGGAUGACGAUCCUGUUCCACUUCCAAAUGUUAAUGCAGCUAUAUUAAAAAAGGUGAUCCAGUGGUGCACCCACCAUAAAGAUGACCCACCUCCUCCUGAGGAUGAUGAGAACAAAGAGAAACGAACAGAUGACAUCCCUGUUUGGGACCAAGAAUUUCUUAAAGUAGAUCAAGGAACUCUUUUUGAACUUAUCCUGGCUGCCAACUACUUAGACAUCAAAGGUUUACUUGAUGUGACAUGCAAAACUGUUGCAAAUAUGAUUAAGGGGAAAACACCAGAAGAAAUCCGCAAGACUUUCAAUAUCAAGAAUGACUUUACUGAAGAGGAAGAAGCUCAGGUACGCAAAGAGAACCAGUGGUGUGAAGAGAAGUGAAGUCUUGUGCCUGACACCUAACACUGUAAGGAUCGUUCCAAAUACCAAGUUGCACUGCUCUGUUUAUAAUUGUUAAUAUUAGACAAAUGCAGCAGCAAAUGAAGUUAUACUAGUAGAGUGGUGUUCUCUGCAUGUGUAAUGUUUGAAUAUAGAUUUAAAAUUCUAUGGUUGAGUUUUUACCAGUGUAAUCUGAUGUCCUUACUUUUUCCUCUGCUCUGAAUAAAACUGAACUAAGUGUGGA